AUGAAGCGCCCUUGCGAGGAAACGACCUCUGAGAGCGACAUGGACGAGACCAUCGACGUGGGGAGCGAGAACAAUUACUCGGGGCAAAGUACUAGCUCUGUGAUUAGGUCGAAUUCGCCAACAACAACAUCUCAGAUUAUGGCGAGAAAGAAAAGGAGAGGGAUAAUAGAGAAAAGGCGUCGAGAUCGGAUAAAUAACAGUUUAUCUGAGUUGAGACGACUGGUGCCAACUGCUUUUGAAAAACAAGGAUCUGCAAAGUUAGAAAAAGCUGAAAUACUUCAAAUGACAGUAGAUCACUUAAAGAUGCUGCAGGCAACUGGGGGUAAAGGCUACUUUGACGCACACGCCCUUGCCAUGGACUUCAUGAGCAUUGGAUUCCGGGAGUGCUUAACCGAAGUGGCGAGGUACCUGAGCUCGGUGGAAGGCCUGGACUCCUCCGACCCGCUGCGCGUGCGCCUGGUCUCGCAUCUCAGCUCGUGCGCCUCGCAGCGGGAGGCGGCGGCCAUGACCUCCUCCCUGGCCCACCACCAUCACCCCCUGCAUCCGCACCACUGGGCGGCGGCCUUCCACCACCUCCCGGCAGCCCUGCUCCAACCCAACGGCCUCCACGCCUCGGAGUCCACGCCCUGUCGCCUGUCCACCACGUCGGAAGUGCCUCCUGCCCACGGCUCCGCCCUCCUCACCGCCACGUUCGCCCACGCGGAUUCCGCCCUGCGGAUGCCCGCGACGGGCAGCGUCGCCCCCUGCGUGCCGCCUCUCUCCACGUCUCUGCUGUCCCUCUCCGCCACCGUCCACGCGGCCGCGGCAGCGGCCACCGCAGCUGCGCACAGCUUCCCUCUGUCCUUCGCUGGGGCGUUCCCCAUGCUUCCCCCAAACGCAGCUGCCGCCGUGGCAGCUGCCACAGCCAUCAGCCCGCCCUUGUCGGUAUCAGCCACGUCCAGCCCUCAGCAGACAGGCAGUGGAACAAACAGUAAACCUUAUCGACCCUGGGGCACAGAAGUAGGAGCUUUUUAAGGUUUCACGGAACUCCUCGCAGUAGCAACUGAAUGUCCUUCAUUUCCGAGUCAGCUUAAAACCUCUGCAACCGUGGAAGUAGCCAUAGAGAUGUCUGCAGACCCGCAAAGGAACAGUAAAGCUGUUUGAGACACAAACCUCACAAGUGGAAAUGUGGUAUUAUCUUUGUUUCCUCUGUUUUGGUUUAAGGCGAUUUGUAACUUGACAUCAGCAACUUUUGA